CUAUCACGUCGAUACUGUACCGUGUACGCUUUUACCGCAACCGUGCACUAGCACUGCAGUGGCAUUCAGAGGUAUCCGUAGAACAUUCAACAAACAAAAUGGCGGCUCCCAUGCGAAAUUUUUUUUCGUUUGCUCAAAAAGCGGCCACAAGAGUAUGCUGCAGCCAAAUCCGUCUUAACACACAAUCAGUAGUAACAAGACUUUCUAUCACUUCCAACUUGUACACACAAGGCAGACUCGACCGUGCAGCGAGACCAGAAUUAAGGACAGUGUUCCACAGUUUUGGAAAAUCGGCAUUAAGCACGGGUGUCUCUUCACAAACAAGGCUAUACUCAUUACUCACAGGCAGCUGCUGCGAUGUGGGCACUAACAAGGGUAUCCUUUGUCAAAGAUUGAUGUUGUCUUCAGGAGAUUUAUGUCCCCAACAUCAGCCCAGUCGGACAGUGGUGAGGUACAGCAGAAACAAGGGAAAGAAGAAGUCAGUCAGGGCCGUCCUGGCUCGUUUCUACCGCUUUUCAAACGGCCUUUGGUUGCGGACCAUCGCCGGCCGCAACAAGAAGCGCUGGAAGAAAUCCCCUGCUCGCCGACGCCGCAACAAGUGGCAUGUCUUCUGCAACAAGACCCAGUCCAAGAUGCUGGACCGGAUGGUCACCAGCUACUGGAAGCAGCGCCGUUACUUCCCGGACGACCCCUUGGAGCCAUUCCAGGACCGUAACUACAAGGGCCUGAAAUUCUACCCCGGCAACUACACACUGAGAAAGAGGGAGGACUUGUGAACUUAAAAAAAAAAAAUUCUGUUUUUCCUGCAAUGGGAGCAAUUCCCCGGUAUACAGGAUUGCCUGCCAAAAAGCUGGUUUGUCUAUGCCAAUGAUAAGUAAGAAGUAAUGUUGGCCUUUGAAAACUUGUUCGGCAGUGUUCACCGGUACUGUAACAUUUUCAAAAGCAUGGACAUGUAAUGUGACAUCACUGAUCCGCGUUAAAGCCAAAAAGAAAAAUGCCUCCGGUUUCUGGUCAGGGGCUGGCUCCAAAAGUGGUGUGGCGACGCUGCUUUUUUUUUUUUCCCUCACUUUUUUCACCGCUAUCAAAACUGACAUAGACUGGCACCCUCACUAUUUCCUGUUUAAAAGCGUUUCCAGAUUGUAGAUGUACACAGGACAUCAGAUCACCUCGUGUGUCUGGUUCCCAGAUGUAAAUGUAAAAUACAGAAAUGACGUCAUCUGAAAAGUAGUGCCUAUUUGACUAUAAAAGCAAUGGGGGUCAAGAGGAACUCCUUUACUAUACAUAGACAUCAACCAUACCCCACGUAAAGAACAUGACAAUUAUGCAGGCGCAGGAUUCCAGUCCAAAAAGUUUAGCAGCUUUUGGACAUUGUAUAAUACAGUCUGUUUCUUUUGCCGAUGAGCAGGUCUACGGCGACACGCACACUGACCAGAAACCGUAGACUUUUUUCCCGGUCUAAGUGGGGAUUGUUGUCCAGCCGAGCCAAGAACCUGUGCGUCACUUUAGAAUGGAUGCAAGUGAAUGGUGUAGCAUUUACACCAAGGUUUGGAUAGUUUGGAUGUCAAAUUGUACACCGUGUGAUUCACGCAUGUCAACCUUGGCAUGUGCGGGCCACUACAAGCAUUCCCGUGGAAUAAAGAAAUGAAAAGUAAGACAACAUUCAUAUAUCAAAUACAUGUACAUGUUACAGUAAAAAAUGUGUUUGGUUCAUAAUAAUUAUGUCAUGAAAUGAAUACGUUUACGACAAUUUAACGAUUUAUUGUUCCUUGCACAGGUUAGGUUUCUGGUAAUAAAAGUUCUUGAUUUACA